AUGCAGUUCCCCAGCCUCACCAUGGCCCUGGACGAGGACUUCGACUUCCAGUUCCAGAUCAUUGUCAUCGGGGACGCUGCCGUGGGCAAGACGUGUGUGGUGCAGCACUUCGCUUCCGGGGUCUACAGCGAGAGGCAGCAGAGCACCAUUGGCGUGGACUUCAUCUUGCGUUCCCUGGACAUCGAUGGCAAGAAAGUGAAGAUGCAGCUGUGGGACACUGCGGGCCAGGAGCGCUACCGGGCCAUCACGCGGAGCUACUACCGCAGGGCGGACGCGGCCAUCAUCGCCUACGACAUCACGCAGCGCUCCUCCUUCGAGUCUGUUCCGGACUUGGUUGAGGAGGUGAAGAAGAACGGAGCCACCGACACGGUCAUCAUGCUGAUGGGUACCAAGUGUGACUUGUGCGAGAGGCGGCAGGUACAGUUCGAGGAAGCCUGCGCAAUGGCGGAGAAGCACGGCCUCCUGGCGGCUAUCGAGACCUCGGCCAAGGAGUCCAGGAACAUCAAUGAGGCCUUUGAGCUCAUGGCCAAGGAGCUGAUCAUCCGCAACAGCCAGUUCGCCCUGAGCAUCUUUGGCAGACCUGGGAGAGCAUUCCACCCCACGCCCAUCGUGCUGGGCUUCCAGGGUGGAAACAACAGGAGGAAGUGCUCCUGCUGA